CAUUCAGGGACAACCCCAGACGAGGCUGACUUGUGCCUCGGGAGCUGCACAGAAAAGAUCAUUUCGGUGCAGAGCUCUGCUGGUUCCGAGCUGUCAACGUCAGAAACUCUUUUGCGCUUAUUUUGUUGCAUUUUAUUUUUGUUCUGUGCUUCAUUUUCUCACCCAACGAGAUGGCUUCAGACCUGGAAAUCGCAAUAGAGACCCUUCGAGGCGCUGUCACAGAAUGCAGAUUCGAAAAUGUACGAUACCGGCAAGAUCAAUUCCAUGCACUUCAUGGUGCAUUGCGAGAGAAGUCAGAUGCGAUAUGUCAAGCAAUUGCGAAGGAUUCGAGUUGCUCGAUAGCGGAGGCAGAGACCGAAUUCUUUCUUGCCAUGGAUGCAGUGCAGAAGUCUUAUGACAGCCUCAAUUUUGAAAAGGCGUUGGAAGAGGGGUACUAUGUGACGAAAGGAAAGAAUAAUGAGGACCGUCGAGCAGGAUUGGGUCUAGUCGCAAUUCGUCCCCAGCGACAUACUAGAUUCUACUCGGUAGUGUCGCCCAUUGCUGCAGCUCUGGCAGCUGGAAAUUGUAUCCUGGUGCAGCUUGAUAAUUCUUCGCAAUCCGUGGAUGCUCUUUUCACUGAGAUCGUCACACCAGUGAUGGACUCAGAUACAUUCCACAUCACUUCCUCCCAGAUUGAGGACAAGGACCUUGCAAAAUUCGAUCUUCUUGUGGAUCAGACAACCACCCAGAAAGCAUUCGCAUCAUCAUGUCAUUCCACGACAGAAACACGUACCAUUGCCGUCGUGGACAGAACAUCGACCCUCGAAACAGCAGCGAAAGCCAUAGCAACAGCUCGCCUCUCACCAAACAACACAUCUCCUUACUCUCCAGACUUGGUCAUCGUCAACGAGUACAUCAAGGAUAUCUUCAGCUCAGCUUGCCUCCAAUACGCAAGCAACCAAGCGGAAUCAACCAGUAUUCGAAAGAUCAGCCAAGAAGAAAAGAAGCUACAGACAACCAUCCAAGAAGCCGAAAUAAAAGGAACCAUCAAAAUCCACCGCACACCCGGUACAGACCUCAACAUAAUCGAGCUCCUUGACUCCACAUCUCCCUUAAUUAAGACCAAAAUCCAAGGCCCCUACAUCCUCCUCCUUUCCAGCACCGGCCUCGUCGACACCGUCAUCACCCAACGCUCCACCCCCCUCUUCCUAGCAACCUACCUCUUCGCCUCCCCUUCCGCCGCAAAAUUCCUCUCCGAACAAAUCCCCUCGCACGCUAGCUACAUAAACCAAAUCCCCCCUCAACUCCUCUUCGGACCCCCGUCCCCAACCUCGCAUCCUCACACCCUGCAUCCUCGCUACACACCAGCGAUGCUCUCUGCUCCACGACCGCAAUUUGUCGCGAUUUCAGCGGAAAUGCCGGAUAGUCUGGAGAUGAAGAAAUUAGCGGCGAAGGAGUUGAAGCCUACGGGCCAGAAGCCGGGUCAUGCGGUUGGGUUUUUUGAGCAGGGGAUUUUGAUUGGGCUUGGGAGUGCGGCGGUGGUUGUUUUGCCGGCUGUUGGAUGGGGGGUUUAUUGGGUUGGGCGGAGGGGGUUGGGGUUUGUUAGGGGGUUGAGGUAG